CGGUUGGACGCCGGAAAACAUCCGCGCCUCGGCCGGGCUGGGGCCGCCCCGUCCCGACACUCCGAGCCAAGCGGAGGGACCGGUGGAGCUCUCGGGGCAUUGAGCCCCGUACCGUGCUCGCCGCUCGGUGCUCCCUGCCCCGGGGACUGGUCACUGGGGUGUGUGUGUAUCCGCCGUACACAGCCGGGCUCGCUGUCCGGCUCCUCGGCGAGAGCUCUCCGGGAAUUCUGGAAAUGCUCCAGGAGAAAAGCCUGUCUGAAACCGAGGAAGGGUUUCCAACAGCCCCCGCGCCCGGCCAUGCGGACACCUCCGCCGGCUCCCCCGUCCUCGGCGUAGCCGGGGGGAGCAGCACGCCGCUCAGCAGCCCGCAGCUCCCCGACCCCGAGCAGACAAUAGAAAAUAUCAAAGUCUAUCUCCAUGAGAAGGAGCUAUGGAAGAAAUUUCAUGAAGCUGGCACGGAAAUGAUAAUAACCAAAGCAGGCAGGAGGAUGUUUCCCAGUUACAAGGUCAAAGUGACUGGAAUGAACCCCAAGACCAAGUACAUUUUGUUGAUCGACAUCGUCCCAGCCGACGACCACCGCUACAAAUUCUGUGACAACAAAUGGAUGGUGGCUGGGAAGGCCGAGCCAGCCAUGCCAGGCCGGCUGUACGUGCACCCCGACUCCCCGGCCACCGGAGCCCACUGGAUGCGGCAGCUGGUGUCCUUCCAGAAGCUCAAACUCACCAACAACCACCUGGAUCCCUUUGGACACAUCAUCCUUAAUUCAAUGCACAAAUACCAGCCACGGCUGCACAUCGUGAAGGCAGACGAGAACAACGCGUUUGGCUCCAAGAACACGGCUUUCUGCACCCACGUCUUCCCAGAGACCUCCUUCAUUUCUGUCACCUCCUACCAGAACCACAAGAUAACCCAGCUGAAAAUUGAAAACAACCCCUUUGCCAAGGGCUUCCGGGGCAGCGACGACAGCGACCUGCGCGUGGCGCGGCUGCAAAGCAAAGAAUAUCCAGUAAUUUCCAAAAGCAUCAUGAGGCAGAGGUUGGUGUCCAGUCAUGGCCAGCUGUCAGCAAAGCCAGAUGUUAACCCACUCCAUGGCAAUCACCAGACCCUCCAGCAUUAUCAGUAUGAGAAUGGAGCUCACAUGCAGUUUGCAGCUUCGGAUACUCAAGAUCUGCCACUCAACACCUUCACAGCACAGAGAGAUUCAGGGCUCUUCUACCAUUGUCUAAAAAGAAGAGAAAGCGCUCGGCACCUGGACCUGCCCUGCAAACGCUCCUACCUGGACGCCUCCUCCUCGGUGGGGGACGAUCAUUAUUUCCGCUCGCCGCCGCCCUACGAGCAGCAGAUGCUGAGCCCGUCCUACUGCGGCGAGGUGCCCCCCCGGGAGGCCUGCAUGUACUCUGGCUCCGGCGCCGACAUCGCCGCCGUCUCGGCCGUCGACGAUUUGCCUCCUCCUCCGCCGCCGCUGAGCUGCAACAUGUGGACUUCAGUCGCACCUUACACCGGCUACAGCGUGCAGACCAUGGACACUGUUCCCUACCAGCCCUUCCCCGCUCACUUCCCCGCCGCCCCCAUGAUGCCGCGGCUCCCGGCCAUGGCGGGCCAGGGCUCGCAGCCGCCGGGGAACGGCCCCUUCAGCGUCUACAACCAGCUGGGCCCGGGCCGGGAGCGCGGCCCCGCCUCGGGGUUCGCCAGGGAGCGGGGACACCCGGCCGUGUGCGAGAGGAAAGCGCCCUCCCCGCACCUGAACGCGGCCAACGAGUUCCUGUACUCGCAGAGCUUCUCGCUGUCCAGGGAGUCCUCGCUGCAGUACCAUUCAGGGAUGGCCACCGUGGAGAACUGGACUGACGGGUGACCCCCGGGCCACGGCGACCUCACUGCUCCGGGCCAGCUCAGUCAGUGUUGAUACCUGUGGGUAACUUGCACUUGGGUGAGACACGUGUGCGUUUCCAGAGGGAUUUGUGUGGGUGAGGAGCUCGAAUCUUCGGGCACGCGGAGAAUUCCACCGCCCGGCUCAGUGGGCUGGAUUCAUCGGGCUCUUAGUGACUCCCAAAUAAAUUCGUUCUCGUGUCUUCAUCCAGUAGAAACCAUCUUCAUGACUAACGAGUGACGUAGCUAGUCAUGUUCUUUUGCUUGUAAUGUUAAACAUCCGUGAGCAAAUUUUGGCUAUUUGGGAAAAAUAUGAGCUUUACUUUUACGGUCCUUGGCUCAUGAAGCCACAACUCCCGAAGCUCCGAGGGAAGAAGCCAUUUGAUGGGUUGCAUAGCUCAAGGACUGCCGUGGCAGCGCUUCUUUGGCCCUUUGGGUCCGGAGAGGCUCCUGGUUCCUCGGGCAGGGCGGGAGCGGCGGCAGCUCCGGGAGCUGCCCGGGCACAGCGGAGAAGGCACCGAAGCACAAAUGUCUCUUCUUGCCCCCACACCCACAUCGCUCCCGGCUGUGGGGAGCGAAGAUGUGAAGAGUUAAGCCCGAGGCCAAACAGCAAAUUAACUGCAGCGUUAGGAACAGACCCAGUGUCUUCAGACUCCCAUCCCUUGAUUGAAUCACAUUUGCUUCUUGCAAUAUAUUUAUGAAGUUUAAGCUUAAAAGUCGCUAAUACUUUCCAGAACCGAUUUCUGUAUUUGCUGGUCCUUGAUUUCUUUCGUAUUCAGCUGAAACGUGUCUCUUGUGCUAUGUUCUUUUCUUUUGCAGCUAACUCAGAUGGAAUUGUUUUCAGCCUAAAGGAGGCCUGGAGGAAUAUUUUCCUAGUGGUGGGGUGAGGAGGGAAGAGCUCCCAUGACCUGUCAGGCUUUACAGUGUACAAAUAUUUGUAGAACAGGUAAAAUCUGUAUCCAGUGUAUUCCUUGCUCCUUUUGUUUACUGUGGAAGUGCCCAGGGCUGAUUCCUCCAGCGCUGGCUUUGCCCUCUGCAGUGUCCCUGGGAGCUGUCACGGGGUGGAUUUGAUGAUCUUCUCCAUCCUCAGUGGUUCUGUGUGGAGGCUGACACUGAGGGAGCAGAGGAAUUCCUUCUGGGACAAAACUCCCGCUGCCCUCGGCCACAAAGCUCCAGUGCAGUGUCCAUCCAGCACAAUGUCUGUCCAGCACAGUGUCCAUCCAGCACAGUGUCUGUCCAGCACAGUGUCCAUCCAGUGCAGUGUCCAUCCAGCACAGUGUCCAUCCAGUGC